AUGGGAGCCUUAGAUGAUUUGAUAAGGACUGUGUAUACGUCGGGAGAUAAUGGCUUCUAUGAAAGAGGUGAAAUUCCAACAAUAGAAAAGCUGCUGGAUAAGGUGAAGAAGCCACCUCUGAAUUUCCCUGGUGCUUAUAUAUCCCUUCUCAAACUUGUUAAGGAACUAUGCUUUCGUUAUAAGAAAGUGAAUGCGAGCUAUACACUACUCAACACCAUUACAGAGCCAUACACUACUCAACACCAUUACAGAGCCAUACUCUGCUCAACACCAUUACAGAGCCAUACACUACUCAACACCAUUACAGAGCCAUACACUACUCAACACCAUUACAGAGCCAUAACUCUGCUCAUCACUAGUUACAGAGCCAUAAACCACUACUCAACACCAUUACAGAGCCAUACAUGCUCCAGCGCUAUUUCAAAAUCCACACACUACUUAACACCAUUAAAGAGCCAUACACUACUCAACACCAUUACAGAGCAAUACACUGCUCAAAACCAUUACAGAGUCAUACACUGUUCAACACCAUUACAGAGCCAUACACUACUCAACACCAUUACAGAGCCAUACGCUGCUCAAACACCAUUACAGAGCCCAUACAUGCUCAACACCAUUACAGAGCCAUACACUGCAACACCAUUACAGAGCCAUACGCUGCUCAACAACAAUUACAGAGCAUACACUGCUCAACACAUACAGAGCCAUACACUGCUCAACACCAUUACAGAGCCAUACACUACUCAACACCAUUACAGAGCCAUACGCUGCUCAACACCAUUACAGAGCCAUACACUGCUCAACACCAUUACAGAGCCAUACACUGCUCAACACCAUUACAGUAAAAGAUAA